UACAUUUUUCCCACAGAUUCAAAAGAGAAGUUGAGAAACUAUUUCAUCAGAGCUGCUGCAUUAAUUUCCACUGUGGCACCAAGAGUGAUGAGGAGUUUUCCUGGAGUAUUCUGUAAUUUACUGGAGUAAUUUGCAGAUUCAAAAGAGAAGUUGAGAAACUAUUUCAUCAGAGCUGCUGCAUUAAUUUCCACUGUGGCACCAAGAGUGAUGAGGAGUUUUCCUGGAGUAUUCUGUAAUUUACUGGAGUAAUUUGCAGGUGUGUAAUUUAAAUUAGUUUUUAGAGCAUUUUACAGAGAGGAUGGUGCAAUUUGGUACACAUUUUGAGAAAAAAACAGAAAAAAGUGUUAUGUUGGUUUAUUUGGUAAGUGCCAAUUCAUUAUAUGUAGGUGAGGAACUAUCAACCACCAAUAACCCUGAUAUGUCAUCGCCACAGUACAUUUCUCCUACAAAUUCAAAAGAGACGUUGAGAAAUUAUUUCAUCAGAAUUUCCACUGUAGCACUAAGAGUGAUGAGGAAUGAGGAACAUCUCAUGUUGAUUUAUUUGAUCCCAACAGUGUUGCCAGUGUGAUGUCAUACAUAUUGGCAGUUGGAAAAACAGUAUGGCACUUCACACUCAAGUAAGCCAACCACUGCUGGGUGAUGGAAAAUGCGUCACUAACUAUGCGCCACUCGUGAUUUUUCCCGGGCAUGUCGCCACCGACACCCACUUUGUAAUACUGCAAAUGCAAGAGCUUUCAUGAGUGGGCCAUAGGCUAAUCAACUGUGUUACCUCAUUAGGUGAUAGAUACUGACUUAGCAAACAUUUAUUUUAAUGUAAAACUUUGAGAUUAUUACUUUUAAUGUUGUAGUUUAACAUGCACCACAACAGGUGUCACAUCUAUUUAUUGAGUUGUUGCAACAAUUCUCUGUCAUAUAUUUGUAUGCAUAUUUUAAACGUAGCUACAAUUAUGAACAAUUAUGAAGUGAGUUUGAAAUUGCACCAAGAACAUGGCAAUACAACAUAAAUUAAAACCACUUCUAAUUUUAAUUUUUAGGAAAUUGUCUACAGUAAUGUAGCACAAAUUCCUGUGUCCUCAGCAAAUACAAUCUCUUGACAAAUAUCAAAAGACAAUGGUUACAAGCCUAAACUGUAAAAAACCAGCAAAUUUAAAUUGCAGUUUGAAUGGAACAUUUUGUGAACUGAUUUAAUUGAUGUUAGAGGUUUGCUCUAAUCGUGAGUUUACAGACAUUACUGAUUAGAACAAACAUUUAAGAUGCACUAAAUAUAUCCUUUUGUUUACAUUUAGAUUACAGAAUGUGCUUUAAGUUUCUGAGUAUAUUUUAUCUUGUAAUAGUGUUUCUUUAUGAGUGUUUCGUGAGUUCCCUGUUUUGUGUGAGAUGUCAAGAUAAGUAACUGUAUAUAAGAGCUGCUUGUCUUGAGCAACAUUAUUGAAGCUUGUCAUCACCAUCAUCUCCAACAUGAAGAUUCUGACUGUGUCUGCACUUGUUUGUGCCUUGAUGGCUCUGACCACUGCUGACGCUGUUCAAGAGGCAAAGGCUACAAAGGAUCAAACAGAUCAGAGACAGCUGGUCAAAAGGCCAAUAUAUUGUCCCAGUGGUUGGAGUCGGUUCAGAGGUCGCUGUUUUCGGUACAUGCCAAGAGCCAUGAAUUGGGCUGACGCUGAGAAAAAGUGCCAAUCCAUGAAUGCAAACCUCGCAUCAGUACAUAACAUAGAGGAGUACCAUGAGAUUCAGCGGCUGAUAUUGACAGCCACUAAUGUGUAUAAAAAAGCAUGGAUUGGAGGCUCUGAUGCACAAAAGGAGGGCGAUUGGCAGUGGAGUGACGGUUCACGUUUCAUAGAUCUGAACUGGUGUUCUGGACAGCCUGACAACAACUUUUUUGGCCAGGACUGUUUACAGAUGAACCAUGGAGAAAACAACUGCUGGGAUGACACGUGGUGUAGCCGUCAUCUCCCGUUUGUCUGUGGCAAGGAAAUCGAUGGAUUCCUGGGUUAACGUUGAGGCAUGAAGUAACUCAAAAUCACUGAUGGAUGUGUGUUUAUAUUUGCAAUCUCAUCUUUGCUUUAUCAGUCUCAUAAACAUGUAUAACCUGAAGUCGCUUUGAUAUCUUUAUUUCUUUACUAUCGCUGUAACGCUACUUAAGGAACGAAGUGACAAGUGACAUAAACUGGAGCUGGUUUGUCUGUCAGGUCUUGUACCUAAAGAGCAGACUGAAUGUGUUUUGGAAAUAAUGCUUUUAGCACCUUAUUCUAGAGAGUGAUCUUGUCUUUCUUGUCUUGUUUAAAAGUAAAAGGCUGAAGCAUCAAAACAAACUGGUCUGUGAGUCUCUGUUAAAUCUACACUGCUGUUUUUUUCAAUAGGGGGAACCUUUCUUUACUUUUACUUUUUUGAGUCAUUUAUGGACAUUACAUUUAUGCUACAUCAUACAAUCGUCACGCUGUUCAUUUCUCUGUUUGCAGCAGUGUCUUGAACAGCAUUUUGUUUUCAGAGGAGGAACACAAAUCAAAUAAGGAACCUCCUAUUUGUGCCUAUUUACAACCGCAUACUGUCUUCUUCUUGUUCUUCCUCUUCCCCCUACUGGUUGCAACCCAAUAAGCACCCAAAAUAAUGACUGUUCAAAACAGAGCCAGUGCAUUAGUGGCAACCUUUUCUAACUAUGGUUUUGCUAUCAGGGUUUUCCCUCAAAAAACCAACACACCACCAAUGCACAGCACUAGUGCUAGUCUACAGCAAACCAUGUCUAAAUUCUGACUUUAAACUUUAAAUGGCCCUAAUCCUCUUCCAUAGUUAUCUUUACAAUCCACAUUCAUCAUCCCUUCUCUGCAAAAUGUACCAGAGGCUCCGUAAGACAAAAUGUGUCGAGAGAGGAACACCACAGUAAGUGACAGUAUGGUCAUGAUGUCCUUGUGUUUUCAACAUUUCUUUUGACUUGUGUCUCUUUUUCUUUUUUAUUGUUCUGGAUCUGUUCCCAGUUUCACAGUGGAGCUCCAUCAGACUAUCAGUGUGGAUCAUACGGAUAUAACAGCCAUGCACCUCUACACAGGACGACUGAAGCUUCAAGCUGACACUGAGUGAGAAGACAGAAGACAAGAUCAUCCUGCAGCAG